GCUGGCGUGGGCCACGAGCUGAGGGCUCCGCCGGGACACAAUAUGGCCACCGUUGGCCGCAGCGUGGCCGCCGGGCUCGGGGCCAGCAUGGCCGCCGGACUCGGGCCCAACAUGGCCGCCGGACUUGCCCACAACAUGGCUGCCGUCGCCGCCGCCGCCACCGGGGGACCCAUGGACUGCGGGGGCCUCAACAUGGCCGCCGCCUUUGGUGCUCCCAACAUGGCCGCCCCCGGCGUGGCCACACCCAACAUGGCUGCCCCCAUGGGAGGCCCCAGCGUGGCGGUCCUUGGGGUGGGCCCCAAAAUGGCCGCCCCCAUUGUGGCCACGCCCAACAUGGCCUCCUCUAACGUGGCCACACCCAAUAUGGCCGCCUCUAAUGUGGCCAUGCCCAAUGUGGCUGCUUCCAAUAUGGCCACGCCCAACAUGGCCGCCUCAAAUAUGGCCACGCCCAAUACAGCCACGCCCAAUAUGGCCGCCUCCAACAUGGCCACACCCAACAUGGCCGCCUCCAACAUGGCCACCUCUAAUAUGGCCACGCCCAUCAUGGCCGCCUCCCACGUGGCCACGCCCAACAUGGCCACGCCCAACAUGGCCGCGCCGAGUGUGGCCACGCCCAACAUGGCCGCCCCCAUCACGGCCCCGCCCACCAUGGCGGCCCCGGGGGCGUGUCCCGCAGGCCCCGCCCCCCCGGAGCCCCGCCCCUUCCCCUGCCCCCUCUGCCCCAAGCGCUUCGGGGCGCGGGCGGGGCUGCGCAAGCACCAACGACGUCACGGCCCCGCCCCCCCGCAGGCCCCGCCCCCUGCCCGGGGGGCGGGGCCGCAGCCAGGCCCCGCCCCCUGAGGCACGUGGGGGGUUGCUGC